UGAUCUGAUCAUCGAUUAUCCUUCUUCCUUUCUUCCACCAUGGCCUCGACGACUCCCGCCCUCUUCUGUAUGGGUAACCCCCUGCUUGACAUGCAGGUCACGAAUGGCGAAGAGCUAUUGACCAAGUAUGGGCUGAAGGCGAACGAUGCCAUCCUCGCUGAGGAGAAGCAGGCUCCCAUAUACGAAGACAUCGUAAAGAACUACAAGGUGACCUACGUUGCCGGAGGUGCAGCACAGAAUGCUGCUCGUGGAGCUGCGUAUAUUCUCCCUCCAAACUCGGUUGUCUACACCGGAUGCGUCGGCGACGACGAUCUUGCUGAGCAGCUUAAAGCUGCCAAUAAGAGGGAAGGACUACUCGAGGCCUACCAGGUGAAGAAAGGCGAAAAAACUGGUGCUUGUGCCGUCGUCAUUACCGGACACCAUCGAUCGUUGGUGACAACCCUACGCGUCGCCGAGAAAUACGACCAGUUUCAUCUCUCCUCCCCUGAAGUCGCCCCCCUAGUCGCCGGCGCCAAAGUCUUCUACUUUGAGGGCUACUUCCUCACACACGGCGCGUCCAUCAUCAGCGACCUCAGCAAAGAAGUCAGUGCUUCCGGCAAAGUCUCCGUCCUCAACUUUUCGGCGCCUUUUAUCCCCCAAUUCUUCAACGCCGCCCUGCAAACCGUCCUCCCACACACCGACAUCGUCAUCUGUAACGAGGCAGAGGCGGAGGCCUGGGCGAGCGCCAAUGGGCACCCCGCACCUACUGAUCUCGCCGCUGUAGGCAAGGCUAUUGCUAUGUUGCCCAAGUCUAACGCGUCGCGACCCCGUAUCGUUGUCAUUACUCACGGUGCCGAGUCGACAGUCCUUGUAAGCUUUGCGGAACCUGAUAGCCCCAAGACCUUUGCUGUCCAUGUUCUUAAAGAUGAGGAAAUCGUGGACACCAAUGGAGCUGGGGAUGCCUUUGCUGGCGGUUUCUUGGGUGCCUACGUCGCUGGCAAGUCCUUGGAAGAAUCUGUUGAGGCUGGACACAAACUCGCGUCUUUGAGCAUCCAAGAGGUCGGACCACAGUUCAAAUGGCCCAAAGUACAAAUCUUGUAAUGUAAAACUUCACAUAGUGCAUUGCUUGUCGUCUCUCUUUCAACAGAUGGUAACGAUGAGCCUAUACCUUUGCGCAAUUUUGGCUCUCCACAGCUUUAAUCUGUAGCAUAUAGUACAUCAACAAAUGAAUCUGUAUUUUUGCGUGCCUUAGG